UAAAAACAUCUGUAGGACAAAAAUUGUAUGCUGUUUAUCUCAAUCUAUAAAGUAUUCUUACUAUGCCAUAAAAUAGGUUUUGAAGAUGGUUAUACCAUUUACUAUGAUCCCUCUCCUGUCGAAUAACGGGUUGUCCCGCAAAAGUCUGGCGUGGAAUCUCGGUUGUUGAAAGAGAACGCUCGAUACCUGACGCCAGCCCAGGUUUCAGGAUGGAGAAAAGUUUGGUUCCUGAUGAGGUGAAGAAAUUCAUACGUGCAGUACUGCUAUCUGAGCAAGGGGGCGUCCCUGUCAGGCGACUUUGUAUGGACUACCGGAACCUGAUCGGACAUGUGCUGGACUGGAGAGGCCUGGGAUUUACCAGGCUUGAAGACUUUGUCAAGGCUAUGCCGGAUGUCUGCAGACUGGAAGCCUUUGGACCCGAGAAGGAACUGAGAGUUUACGGGAUAGGUGACCCUGACUCUUUCAUGUCCAGUUUUGCUAUUAAGGCCCAGACUGUCACAGGACCACCUAAAAAAACUAGAAACAGGGACAAGAGGAAAGGCCAGAAGUCGUCAUCAGCUGAGAAAGGAUCUGCCAUGGGUAGCACAUGUAAUGGUAAUGGGGAGAAUCCCUAUGGCCUCCAGCCGGACCACCUUGGACGGUACAGUGUCUGUAUAACCAGGAGGUUUGACCUCUCAGAUCAGGAUAUCAAAGGUUUCUUCUCUGCAGCAGGAAAGGUGCAGGAUGUCCACCACUCAGAGAAGAUGACCUUUGUUCGGUAUAACACUGUGAGAGAAGCUACAGCAGCAGUGGACGGAUUACCACCAGUUUUGAAGGGAAGGGACAUCAGUGUUCAACCUGCCAAGAACAUGAUCAGACAUGACCAUGUCAGAGGUGCUUCAAAGGAAACUGCUGGGAAAUUGUUGACACAGAGACCUGCCAUUGUCUCAGGUAAAAGAUCUCCAGAGUGUAAAGCGGAAAGCCCCACACAACAAUAUCCAGUCCACGAGCUUGUAGUGACUCAGCUCACCAGGGAUACGACGGAGGAAGAAAUCUGGACUUUGUUCGCUCCCUUUGACGUGGCUAAUGUCAGAGUUAAGAAACAAGGAGGAGAGGAGUAUGGCCAUGCCUUCGUUCACUUCACAUCAGCCAAGGAUGUAGACAAAGCCAUACAGACCCUUGACAACUCUGUCCUCAAUGGACAACACAUAAAGAUGAAGCUGUCAAGGAGAGCUCUGGAAGCUCGGGGACUCAGGCUUGGAACUGAACAGCGCACAGAUGCUGGUUUGAGGCUGCCAACUCCAGUCCAUCCCAAAGGUUCUUCAUCUACAGAGCAGUGUAACAAGCAGGGACCCACACCAAAGUUCAUGAGUUCCAGUACCAUGGAACAGAUGAUGCAUGAGUGCAGUGGUGACCAGGGAGUGAACACAGCUCCUACCCCAGCAGCCAGCUACCCAGAGGAACUCAGUGUGAUAGUCACAGAGGUGGUGGAUGGCUGCCACUUCUGGGGCCAGGUUAAUCAGGAGGGGAAGAACAACCUGUUAGAACUGCAAGAGCUCCAGAAGGGUCUGAACCAGCUGUGUCCUGCCCCGCCCCUCCCCCCUGGAGACAGGAUUGGGGCAGCACCUUUUGAAGGGGAUUGGUACAGAGUGUGGAUACAGGAAGAACUCCCAGAAGACCAGCUGCAGAUGGUGUUUGUGGACUAUGGCAACUCUGCAGUAUUACCACGCACAGAGGUUUCACCCCUGCUCAUUCCACAGUUUUGGGACCUUCCACCUCAAGCAGUACCCUUUAAACUAGCAGGACUGAGCUCUGCCACAAGCAAUGGACAUGACAAGCUGAAGGAGAUACUGAGCUGGCAAGUGGUCUCAGUGAAGCAAAGUCAGUCCAGAACAUGCGAGCCCCAUAUUCUAGAAGUGGAGGUUUACAUUCCAGAUGCCACAGACUCUACAUCAGUCAACUCCAUGAUGAAAAGGGAGACAUGUGAAGAGGGUCAUUCAUUCCCAGAGAAGACUAAUAAAGGUGUCACACAAGAAGAACCAAAUUGCCACCCCAACAUCAGCACGUCUGUGCCAACAGUAGAAGACAGAACAAGGGAGCACAGUAUUUCUAGACAAAGAGCUGAGAAAGCCACUACAGGUAAAACAGGAGGUAUAGGAGAUAUUUUCUCUAACAGCACAACUCUAAAUCAAGAAAGAAAGCAUUCCUCAGAACAGAAAGAAGCUGGCAGAAAGUUUGACAACGAGACAUUCCAGCAGAGAAGUGGUGAAAGGAGUCACCAGAAGUUUCAGUCACCUUUCCUGAGUGAAAAGGAAGAAGCAGUGUUGAGGAGGAUAAGUGAAGGUAACCAGAGAGUGUACCACACAGAGAUGGGAAGAAGACACCAGGAGACACCAGUAGGGCAGCAGCAAAGGUUGAUUGGAGGACAGCAUAGUACAGUUCAACAUCAGCAAGGACUGCUGGGUACACCGAUCAACAAAUAUGCCCCUCAGCUUCUGUUUAAAGGGAAAAGGUUUGCCCUCCUGGCAAAGGUUUCUGAGGUGGUGACACCAGACCGGUUCUACAUCCAGUCUGCAGACAGCCCCCUGCUGAACAAGGUGUCUCAGAGUCUCCAGGAGGCAGCUAAUAAAAGGACAGCACAGGAGUUGUCAGAUUUGAGGACCCUGUGUUACGAGACUGGUCAGGUGAUGUGCACUUACAGUGAGAAACACCACAUGUGGAGGAGGGUGCGCAUCGACGGUAUUCUGCCAGAUAUGAUUAAUGUGCAGCAUGUGGACUAUGGAACCAUGGAGCUGACUCAGCUGCACAACCUGUUCCCCCUCCCACCUGACAUACUGUCCGUCCCCAUACUGGCCAGACCAGCGUGCCUUGCCAAUACUGCCCCCCUCCCCAAGGAUGGCCACUGGACAGAGGGAGCCAACGCCUUCCUCAAGGGGCUCACAGCCAACAAGGUCCUGUUUGCAGAGGUAACUGGAGAACAGGCAGGGGACAAGCUGGUGGUCACACUGUGGAGCUCCAUGGACAAAAAAAACAACCUCUCCCAACAGCUCAUGGAUCAAAACUAUGCGAUCUACAGUCAGCCACUUCCUGUCACACAGAUGCCUUCACAGAACCCAAGCUUUACCCAGGGGAAACCACUACCAGUACUUCUGCCUACUCCCCAGCCUCCGCAAAUCAGCAACCAGCCCUUCUUUGAUCAACAACCACACUUACCCAUCCCACAAUAUCCACUGUUUACCCCUCAUGUCCCUUACCAACAUCCUAGGCCAAAACACAGGAUGAAGGUGGGGGAAAGGUUCUCACUACUGGGCAAUCAGAAGACACCGGCCCCAUCGUUGGGAGGAGAAGGUGCCUUUAAGAUAAUUGUGAGAGCAGAAGAAGGGAAGGAAAGAACCACAAGUAGAGGAGAGAAGAUUGAGCCUCCUACAGGUCAGUCCUCAGACAGUGCUCAGGGAAGAUAUGUCAAGGACCACAAUUACGGAGCAACAGACAUGAAUGGAAACAAGGGCCCCAGUUUUGCAACAGUGCAGCCCAGUAAGCUUGUUUCACACAAUGUCAGAAGCACUGGAAAACAAUACCAUCCUGGCAACAGCAAUAGAGCAAGCAGGAACAGUGGGAACAAGUUUGGAAAAGGUGGCAGUCCCCUAUCUCUUGGUGCACAGAGAAACAUCCUGCACCAAAUAGUCGGUGAUGUACAGGAGACAAGCAACAAGUCUCAGCCAAACUGUGAGUCUGGACAAGCAAACAAAGUGGAAAAGGAAAGGAGAGACUCUGGUGCCAGCAAUAUAUCAACUGAGCUGGAAAACAGAUUGCAGCAGCUUGUUCAGGUAGACACAGGCGAGGGGAGAGAAAAUGCAGAAAACUGCACACCAACUAGUGAGGGUCUACCUACAAACCAGCACCAGAAGGGUCUGCUCGAGAGCGAGUUCAAGGGAUGUUUGCCGACCACCAGUGGAAUGUCAGCAGUUGACAUCCUAACCUCCCAGCUUAUUGAACUGCACACAGAGGAGUAGUAACAUGUUUUUUUUUGUAGUUAAAUUUGUACUUGCAGUCUAACUAGAAUUGAUUGUAAUAGAAAUUUGACCAAGGGUAUCUAGAGAUGUGUACUAUGCAAGCUAACCAUCUAACAGUGCUUAGAGAUCUAGAGCACCCCAGGUUCAGUUUAAAGAUUGUCCAAGAGAUAGACCUUUGAUUUUUUGUGCUGAAAUUUUUGUGAAGCUAUUUGAUUGACGCACACUCAAUCUGUAAUCAUCCUGCUUGAUAACAAAGGUAAUUGUUAAAUUGGUAGCUGUCAAUUGAAGAUAAAUUGUGUGAAACUUUGUCAGGAAAAGGAUGGUGCUGAAAUGCAAGUUACUGCCUGAUCAUUGUUCUGUUCGAAUUUAUGUCAGCAAUAUGUUGGAAGAUGUUUUGUAGCAGUUCUUGUACGAAUGAGACUUCUCUUUCUAUGCCAUUGUUUUAUGAUAUUACAUGUACUAGCCUUUGCACUUCAGCAGAUUUCUAGUGGUGACCUUGAAGUGAAGCUCCAAAUAUGUUUGUACAUCUUACAUGUACGAUGAUCCCUUGUUUAUGUUUAUUAUUUAUUCAAGAAUAGCCCAUUGUUAUAGAACUAGCACCCUUAGCUUACAGACAGUAUGCUUUGACAGUUGCCACCAAAUGGUAUCAAAACCAGUGAAAAAAUUAGCUGUUUGUAUUUUUUUCUUUGUCAAGGAACCCACUUAGUUUGGUUUAUAAUGGUGGUUGUGGCACAAGAUUCUAUAUCUAUUAUACUAACAGUUGUUAAAUUUGUUAUUUUGUCCUGUACAUUCCAUGAACAGAAAGAAAACCAGUAGUUAUAGAUGUAUUAUUUAUUCACACAGACAUUAGUUUAGUAGUUGUUCUAUGAUGCUGAGUACUUAACUUUGCAAAUAUAACCAAGCUGUUACAAAAUA